GGGAAGUGAACGAGAAACUUCACGCUCGUCUAAUUUGUGAACUCGCUCAACUGUGAUCAUCGCUUGCAGCGCCCUCUGCACGUAUUUGCUCUCUUCGUCUAAAAUUUGUCAGAAUUUUCACAUUAAAAAUAAUCCUCCAGCAACAAUGAAUGCAGAAAAGUUGAAAAAACUGCAGGCUGAGGUUCGUAUCGGCGGAAAGGGAAUGCCCCGUCGUAAGAAGAAGAUUGUGCACACAAGUUCCGCAGUGGAUGAUAAGAAGCUGCAGCUGUCGUUGAAGAAACUUGGUGUGAAUACCAUUCCGGGUAUCGAAGAGGUCAACAUGAUUAAAAACGACGGCACGGUUAUUCACUUCAACAAUCCGAAAACGCAGGCCUCGCUUGCUACCAACACAUUCGCCAUCACUGGACACAGCGAGACAAAGCAGAUCACGGACAUGCUGCCGAGUAUCAUUUCUCAGCUGGGACCGGAAGGCAUCAAUCAGCUCAAGAAGCUGGCCAAUGCUGCAGUUGCUGAAGACGAUGAUGAUGUGCCCGAAUUAACGGAGAACUUUGAAGAAGCUUCCAAGAAGGAGGUCGAAAACAUAACGCAGAAGGUACAGGAGAUUCCGGUUUCAUAAGUUGACUUUUCACCUCCCCUCUGCCUAUCUAUAUUACUGUGCGUAUUUUGAUCCGUUUGCAUAAGAAUAGUCGCUCACUUCAACACAGUAUAAAAGAUGUGCUUUUAUGUGCGUGCCAAUACAGCACUUCAAAAGUCGGCUCGUGAGCACAUCUUUUCCGCAAUUAGUCAUCCGCUGCAAGAUCAAUUUUUUUUUACAAUUUGGUCUACAAGUCGAAUUUUUCCCUUGUUCUUAAUUUGUUUGUGCUUCACACAACAAAAAGGUGAAUGAGAAAUCUCUCAGCAUAGUGCAGUUUAGCUCUCGUCGACGGACAAUGUGGGAAAAUCAAUAACAACUACGACACUCGGUGACUUGUAAAUAGCAAAGAGUGGAAGAAGGAAGCAAAACAUGAUUGAACAACAGCAGAAAGCAAAGAAUUCUUCGUUAUAAACACAUUUUAAUAAACAAUAAAAGGAAAGAGUAGAUUUAAGGAAACAGAAAAUCCCUACAA